CCAGCCGCUCCGCGGCAUGUGGGAUCUUCCCGGACCGGGGCACGAACCCGCGUCCCCUGCAUCGGCAGGCGGACUCUCAACCACUGCGCCACAAGGGAAGGCCCCCCAUGUUUUCUUUAAUCUUACAGCUUCUCCUGGGGUCUAGGUCUGGGCAGCCAAAGAAUGUUGUAGGUAACGGUCAUCUGCGCAAGGGUCAUUUUGUUGCUGGGAAGGGACGGCCCUUGCCCGCGGUGAUGGUGGUUAGCAAGAUGAACAAAGAUGUGCAGAUGAGAGCAGCAAUUAACCAAAAGUUGGUAGAAACUGGAGAAAGAGAACUCCUCAAAGAGUUACUGAGAGCUAAAUUAAUUGAAUGUGGCUGGAAGGAUCAGUUGAAGGCACACUGUAAAGAGGUAAUUAAAGAAAAAGGACUAGAACACGUUACUGUUGAUGACUUGGUGGCUGAAAUCACACCAAAAGGCAGAGCCCUGGUACCUGACAGUGUAAAGAAGGAGCUCCUACAAAGAAUAAGAACAUUCCUUGCUCAGCAUGCCAGCCUCUAAGAUUGAAUUAGAUUGUGUUGUUUUGUGGUUUUAUUUCUGAAAGUAAAACUUGCCAUAAAUUAGGAAUCAGUUUCCCAAAAUGAAAUCCUUUUUUGUAUGAUGGUAUACAGUUUUCAGUAAUGAUGUAUACAGUUGUAUUGAUUUUUUCCCCUAAAUGUGUUAUUUUAAUAAAUAUCUCAUGAAU